ACAACAAUUUUACUUAUGUAACAAAAUUUAUUUUGUUAACUUAUUGUUGCGUUGUUUACAACGUGAAGUUUAGAGCAUAGUAAUGCGUUUACUGCGUCUUCGUUAAGUACUUGAAUACGGAGAGCUAUCUUUUAUUUUUUCUGAUGGCUGAAGAAUGGCUCAGGAGCACAAAAGGAUGGAAGCGUUUGGAUAUUCAGACAAGGACGGAGAAGCACCAUUCUGGCUGGAAGACAUUACCAAGGAGAUGAAAGAGACUCAUAUUAGAAACAGCAACGAAUCCCCUCCCACCCACGACAAGUCCCAGCUUAACUAUGGCAAACCUCAGACUUACAGGUUAACAAGAAGAACAUCUUUGGACACUACAAUGGAUUUGCUAAACAAACCUCAAAUGCAGCCGCUCGCCCAUUCCGCGGGCACAGCUCGAUACAGUAAAGGCUACUCCCAGAACGGUCGUCGAAAGUAUCGCAAUAGUCUUCUAGACUGGGACGACACCAACGGUUCAUCCAACGACUUCCUCUCAGAUCUACUGCCGCACUACGUGACACCCCGCCAUCGCCGCGAGGACCACGACUUUAAAGAUGUCAUACUUGGGACGAGACAGCAAGACAUCAAAACAGGUCGAACAAAAUCUAAUGAUACGUCAUCGAGCAUUCACACUGGCUCAUUAAAAAAAUAUGAGAGUUACACCACCAAUCCGCCAAAGAAACCUGCAUCACUAAGUUCUGUGCCGUCUUCAAGAAACACCGACACGAAAAGUACAAAAGAGUGGUUAAAAAGCGAGUUUGUGAUACCCGAAUUGCCUGAAGGGAGGUUGCUAGAACUGAAGGUAUACUCUAACUGGGGGGACAACUACUUGGUUGGAUUGAACGGCAUAGAGCUGUUUAAUUCUGACGGACAACUAGUGCCAAUUGAAAAGGUAUGGACGGACUCAGAAGCCGGCGACACGAAGCACGGCCGCCCCGAUGCAAUAGUGGAUGGAGUGGUACGAACAAGAGACGACCGACAUUGUUGGACGACUCCGAUACCAAGGAGUGCACCCGUAGUGCUAAGUUUACUCUUGGCUAACUGCGCUACUAUCGCUUUGCUCAGAAUUUGGAACUAUAAUAAGUCCCGCAUAUACUCUUCACGUGGGAUCCGCUUGGUGCAGAUCAAGUUGGAUGACCGCGUCAUAUUCCAUGGAGAAGUUGCUCGGGCGAGCGGCGAGGUCAAGGGCCUCCUUCCUACGUUCGGUGACACGAUCCUCUUCACCAAAGACCCAUCAAUCUUCGAAGCCAUAAUGGUAAACGACAGGAACUUCCAAUCGCUCAUGCGAGAUAACGAACCGAGCGACAUCCCAGCCGACAUGAGGCCUCCUACAGCCGACGGGAGGGACGGACUCAGUCCGAUGCUGAAUGAAUCCUGGGAAGAGCAGAAGGAGGCUAAAUACGUGGCCAAGAAGAUUAAGAUAACGCUCAUGUCGACGUGGGGACAGAGGAAUCUGAUAGGGCUGACAGGAAUCGAGAUCCUCUGCUACAGCUCCGCCAUCCGCGUGCACCGCGCCUACGCCUACACUUCCCACAUCUCCGAAGACCGCCUCGACCCAUCCAAGUUGCUGGACUGCAAGAGCCUGUUCAACGGACGCAGCAUUUCCACGGACUUUGAGGAUAUGUGGUGCACGAACUUUGUGUCGGGGAGCAUGUUUUGUCAUAUUGUAAUGGAAUUGCCGGAGACUAGUGAAAUCACAUGUAUUCGCAUCUGGAACUACAACGCCAACGUGGACCUGUCGUACAUCGGCGCCAAGCACUGCCGCGUCUCCCUAGACGGCAACCCUCUUCAGAGCCGCCCGCUAUUACUCCGACGGGCCCCUGGAGAUACCUGCUACGAUUAUGUGCAGCAGUUGGACUUACAAGAUGAAGAUCGGUUAGAAAACCCAAAGGAACUAGACUACACAGAGCUCUCCUACAACGGCGGGGGAGAGUUAAGCGCACCUACCGGCUUUGUUCUGCAAAUCAGCAUAUUCUCGACCUGGGGCGAUGCGUACUACGUGGGGCUCACUGCGGUCGAGCUGUACGAUCCUAUGGGGAACCUCAUACCUGUUACUGAGACCAACGUGUGCGCGCACCCAGCGAGCGUGAACGUUUUGGACUCACGCGCUCUGGACGUACGGACACCCGAUAAACUUGUGGAUGGAGUCGUCUCUUGUGACGCGGCGCAUUCCUGGCUCGCGCCCAUCUUGCCACACACACUCAACAGGGUAUUUUUCGUGUUCAACGCGCCAGUAUCAAUUUAUGGCAUCAAGAUAUGGAACUAUGGAAAAACUCCCUCGAGAGGUGUCAAGGAAUUUGGGGUGCUGAUCGACGAUUUACUUCUGUUUAAUGGCACGCUGGACUGCGCGAAGACUGGCGACACAAUCGCACCGCAGUGGAUCUGCCUGCAGAACAACGAUGACGAUUCCACACCAAGCCCCCCUCCACGAAGCACCACCUCGGGCUCGCGCACGGCCGUGGACCCCGCGGCGCGCCCCUACACCGGCGUCAGCCAUCAUAGGCACUGACACCAACAUCAUCACACUCCAAAGAUACACUGCUGGCUGCUGGACAUGAGGGAUCAAGGGCGACCAAGCUGGUCGUGUCAGUCGUGUGAUGCCCUCAUAUGACGGUUCACCUUCUUGGGGGCCUUUUUUGUGCGUCCGCUUCGCUGUCGCCACUCAAGACUGACCCAGCGACCAUACGUCCUACUAGCAUAUGCCCCGCCCACUUCCUCAAUGCUGCACUUCUCAGCUACGUCGACGAACUUGUUACUCUUGCCUUGUGGAUCUCCUCAUUAUACUUACAAUCACAUUACUUGCUGCAGGGGCAUUCGGUUAAAAUUAACCUUUUAUACUUACCUUGAAAAAUCUACCAGAAAGAAUGUUCGAUUAAGGUUUACUAAUGUGUAUUUCUAGAGUAUAGGUCUCUUGGCUGUUGCCCCAUUUGACGUUUGGUUUUGAACAUGUAACCGAGAUAAGUCUGCAACGAUUUUGAUAGCACACCCAGUGCAAAUGUUAUUUAUACGUCUCAAUUUCAUAGAAGUUUGACGUUUAAAAUAAUACUUGCAUUGCGUGUGCUAUCAAAAUCGUAGCCAUCAUAAAAAAAUCUUGGUCUAACUCUAGCCCGGUAUAACAUUUCUAUCAAAACAUUCGAUUUAGAACUCCAAUUGUAUAUAUGUGUUUUUGUUUAAUGUACCUAUACCGACGAAUAUAUUGUCGCUGUCUAAAGGAUUAGACUUUAUUGUAAUGCAUGUUUAAAAUGAUAAUGUGAAUUGAGUUUGUGUGGAGUUCUCAGUAAAGCAUAAGGUAGCGCAGAUAUAAUUUUAAAUAGAUCACCUAAUUUACUAAGGUAAUUGUCGUUAAUCAAAACUUAAAUUAAUAAUUAUAAAUCAAUAUAGUUCAAAUUUAAAUAAGUAGACUGCACCAGCCAAAUAUUAAGUGUUUCUUUAUGUACCUACACAACAAAUUAGUGUAGACUUAGGUUAAGCCAGGAAAUACAAGUUAUCUCUGUCAAAUAAAGUGAAUAUUUCAAAGGUAUUUAUGUUCAAUGUUUAGUCAAAUAGUAAGUGUACAGUAUCGUAGAUAAAUUCGUUGUAACAUGCGUCGCUGUGUAGAUUUUUUGUACCAAUAAUAAAUCAAAGAUUUUUAAA